GCCUGCGCGGGCAGCCAUGGGAAGCCCGGCGGCGGCGGGCUGGGGCGCGGCUCCCGCCAAGCGCGCGCGGCGCGGGAGCGCUCCGGACGAGCCCCGCGGCCCCGGCGACCCGCGGCUGUGGGACACGGAGCGGCUCUGCCAGCACCUCCAGCGCAGCGGCGUGGCCGAGCCCGGCCUGCUGCGCCGCUUCCGAGAGAGCGGAAUCACCGGGAGCAUGCUGCUGGACCUGCCGGCCUGCGCCCUCGAGGUCACCCGCGUCUGCCUCCCAGCUGAGAGACUGAAGGUGCUGGCUUGCCUGAACAAACUGAGGCAGCAGGACAUGGAUGUCAUGAAGGUCUUUAACGACCCCAUCCACGGGCACAUUGAGAUGCACCCCCUGCUGGUCCGCAUCAUCGACACGCCGCAGUUCCAGCGCCUGCGCUACAUCAAGCAGCUGGGAGGGACUUACUUCGUGUUCCCCGGAGCCUCCCACAACCGCUUCGAGCACUCCAUCGGGGUGGGCUACCUGGCAGGGUGUCUGGUGCGUGCGCUGAAGGAGCGGCAGCCGGAGCUGGACAUCACCCCCAGGGACAUCCUCUGCGUGGAGAUUGCUGGGCUCUGUCAUGACCUGGGCCAUGGACCCUUUUCACACAUGUUUGAUGGGAGAUUCAUUCCACUCGCUCGCCCAGACCUGAAGUGGAAGCAUGAAAUGGCUUCUGUUAAAAUGUUUGAGCACCUGAUCACUUCCAACAAGCUGGAAGAAGUCAUGGAGUCCUAUGGGCUUGUCCUGGAAGAAGAUCUGAACUUCAUCAAGGAGCAAAUAGGAGGCCCCAUCGAUGAAAGUGCUGCUGGGAAGCUGUGGCCCUACCGUGGUCGGCAGAAGGAGAAGAGCUUCCUGUACGAGAUCGUGGCCAACAAAACCAACGGCAUCGACGUCGACAAGUGGGAUUACUUUGCAAGGGACUGCCACCACCUGGGGAUCCAGAACAACUUCGAUUACAAGCGGCUGCUGAAGUUCGUGCAGGUGUGUGAGGCUGGCAGCCAGAAGCACAUCUGUGCCCGGGACAAGGAGGCUGCCAACCUGUACGACAUGUUCCACACGCGGUACUGGCUGCACCGGCGAGCCUACCAGCACAAGACUGGCAACAUCAUCGAGAUCAUGAUUACAGAGGCCUUUCAGAAAGCAGAUCAGUAUUUCAAAAUAGAAGGCUCUGGAGGAAAGCUGUACCAGAUUUCCACAGCAAUGGAGGACAUGGAAGCCUACACUAAGCUGACUGACAACAUCUACCUGGAGAUCCUGCACUCGAGCCGCCCGGAGCUGGAGGAGGCCAGAGGCAUCCUGCGCAAGGUGGAGCGCCGGCAGCUCUACAGGUUCCUGGGGGAGACUCGACCAGAGACCGCCAGGACAGUCAUAAAGAGCAACAGCCUGCUGGAGAGCUUUGCCAACUCCAGGCCAGAAAAGAAUCCUCCAGAUGUGGAGCUAAAGGCUGAAGAUGUCAUCAUUGAUGUCAUCAACAUGGAUUAUGGCAUGAAGGAGCAGAAUCCCAUUGACAAUGUCCUCUUCUACUGCAAGGCUGAUCCCUCCAAGGCAGUCAACAUCACUAAAGAGCAGGUUUCCAAGCUCCUGCCCAUGACCUUUGCAGAGCAGGUGAUCAGGGUGUACUGCAAGAGCCAGGACCCAGCCACUGUCUCAGCUGCCAAGCAGUAUUUGAUUCAGUGGUGUAUAACAAAUGACUUCACCAAACCACAGGAUGGAGAUGUGGUUGCCCCUCAUCUAACCCCAAUGAAGGAAAGCUGGAACAACAGGAGACAUGAUGGACACAGGACAGCUUCAACUCCCAGCUGCAAACAGAGGCUCACUUUUGACCAGUAGGGCCCCUUGGUGCU